GGUUGUUGCCAUUCUCUCUCAGGCCGCCCCCCCCCUCUUGCGGUUGUGUGUGUGUGUGCGCGCGCAAAGUGUGUGUGUCUCCGGCUCGAGGGGGCACGCGCGCCGGCAAUUGGAGGGUUAACUGCGGACGGCGGGCGCGAGAGAGACAUAGCGAGAUAGAGAGAGGCGGACAAGGAAGGCAGUCAGUCGCCGAGGCGAGGAAAGGAGACGAGAGGAGAAGCGGAGGAGGAGAAGACCCGACCUCCUCCCUCCCUCCCUCCUUCCUAUCCUGCUUGACCAUGGAAGGCGAGGGCAGCCCGAGGAACAGCCUUCACAGCCGGACCCUUCGCCAGGAAGUGAAGAAUAUGAGACGGAUUUACUGCUGAAUGGAGAAACCAUUGCCUCUAGAGAUGGAGACCAGUGCCAGCAAUACAAGGCUCCACGUCAUCUCCUGCUUCCAUUUACUUCAGCUCUGGCCAUUGCUACUUCUGGCUUCAGCAGCUCCAUCAUGCAGUGCUUGGUCUCUUCGCACCCGGGACACCCUGGCAGCAGCACGGCCACUUUGCAGCCAUCGCAAUCCCUCAGCUCUCAGAUCCGUUUGCCUCUGGGACAAAAACUUUGCUCCGGAGAAAGGCUCCUUCUCCCUCUUGCCGCGCCAGCGAGCCCUGGUUUCCAGGGGAGCUGGCCUGCGCAGUGCAGCACGGCUGAGGCGCCAAGCCCAGGGGAGCCGGCCUGCCACCCCGUCGGGCUUUGAGGAUGGGCUGUCUUCUUCACAGUACCCCUGGGCCAUAGUUUGGGGGCCCACAAUAUCAGUUGAGGAUGGAGGUGAUGCCAACUCUGCCAACCCAGGCUUCCCACCCCUGGAUUAUACGUUUGUCUCAUCAAGUGGGAUGGCAACAGCACAACCCAAUUCCCAUUCACUGUUACACAAUGAAGGGCUCAACCUACGCCAGACUCCAGCCACACUACGGCCCUUCCUCUUUGGACCUCGAGGAGAGGGUGUGGAUCCUCAGCUGUAUGUUACCAUUACGAUCUCUGUCAUUAUUGUUCUAGUUGCUAUGGGAAUAAUACUCAAAUUCUGCUGGGACCGGAACCAGAAGCGGCGUCACCACUCCAGCCAGCAAAGUGGACUCCAGCAGCAAGGCAGCCAGCAGCCCUUAACGGACCUGUCUCCCACCACUGUCAGCAUCCUGGGGCCCUACAGCGACUCACAGGCUCCUACGCCAGAGACGGUGGAAACUGCACAGGUACUAGAAGGCAUGGAGAAGCUAGAGGGCCUAGGGAAGACCAGUGCAUUCCAGCUCAACAGGAUCCCACUGGUGAACCUGUGACCUCUUGGGAGGCAGCAAGAUCCGGCUGCUUUGUGGUGAGACCAAAUGCUGAAGUUUCCAAGGAAUCCCAGAAAACCGGCAGCCUUCCCCUUAGCCCCUUUGUCCUGUGAGUGUGGUGCUGCCACUCUUGACACCGUGGAUCCUUUUGUGCCAUGACCCUCCAUCAUCAUUUGCAGGCCCAUCCUAACAUAGAAAGGUGGGCUCAGGUGCCCCUUGCCAAGCUGGGCUUCUGAGUGGGCUCUUGUCACAGGAAUGGCUGGGGUGGUCUCAUGUGAGCAGAGAGGCAGGAGUCAGGGCAAGAGGAUGAGAGCUGUUCGCAUUAUAAUAACCUAAAGGUGUCCAUCUUGUGCCCUAACACACACUGAUAUAUAUUUAUUUAUUAGUAAGCAUGCUUGAUACCCAGGGCAGAAUACUCUGUGUCUCCUCAUCUCAACACCACUAUUAUUUUUUAAAAUCAUGUGAUCUGAAGAGCCAGAGUUUCGCCAUCGUCUCUUUCUGGAAGAUGCUGAAAACUGUUAUGCAUUGUGGAAAUAGGCAGAAGGAAUUGAGUGAAGGAGAGUUAGACACCCACAAAUAGUAGCAAACUAAUCACAUCUCUCCUCUGUUAAUCAGCAUUCCUUAAUCACUACCUGAUUUACCCAUUUCUUUGGACUUGCUAUUUUUUGUUAACUAUAAACAAUGUUAUUGUUAGCAAGGGGAAGACGAUAGUAAAAAUAUAACUAGAACACCAGUUUGCAUUGCAAACAACCCCUGAGGCUUUUAAAGGCUCCUGGUUUUCUAACUGAAAACGUCCUGCUUACAAGUGCAUUCAGUUUUAUCACUUCUCAGUGCGCAUAGGUGAGGGAUAAGUAACAAACUCUUAUUUGGUCCCCAGAUAACCUCUCUUAACCAUGGCCAAGUAAUGUUUGCCCAAAUAAAAGCUGUUCAGCAAAACUAUCCGGUAGUGCUAAUUAUGCCUUCCUCUUAUAUGUUGAAGCCCAUUCACUGCUUCCUGAUGGCAGCCAUUGGGAGUUAGUUAUACAUAGCUCAUAAGCUAUCCCUUGAAUAGGCUCUCUUAAUUGCCACAAUGGUCAGUUUCUGUUCCUGAUGGAUGGAUGGGGAGAGGGGGCUGUACUCUUUUUGGCCCAGUUUCAGUGCCUGCACUAGACAACAGAGCAAACAUGACCCCUUUCAAAGAUGUUUCAGUUAAAUAAAUUUUAUUAAAUGCCUUUUUAAUCAUAGAAUUAUAAGAGUUGGAAGAGGCCUCAUGGACCAUCCGGUCCAACCUCCUGCUCUAUGCAGGAUCUCCAACUAAAACAUCCCCAGCACCCUCUUAAUGCCUCUUUUUGAAGGCAUCAAGUGGAGACCCAUCCCUCCAGGAAGUUGGUUUAAUUGUUAAACCACUCUUACUGUCAAGAAGUUCCUUCUAAUGUUCAAUUGAAAUCUACUCUUGUGUAACCUCAAACCAUUAGACCUCGUUCUCAUAUACCCUUACAUGGGUAUAUGGACAUCAGCCAGAUGCAAAUGGACAGGAGUCUAUAAAAGCUUCUGUUAGAGUAAACCAGUUAGUCCCAGGGGUGGUGCAGAAUUGUUUUAUGCUUUUAGUCAAAAGGGAAAUUUGCAACAAACAUGCGCUCCACUUGUCAAAAUCUCUUUUUAUUUAACUAAAAACUGCAGGAGCCCUACCAACACGUUUGGCAGCUCAUGUCUCUAUAAAAUUCAUGAUAAGCAUUUGAAGUGUUUAUAUUUUCUUUUUCCUUCCCUAAAACCUUUCAGGAGUUUUUAGCAAUUGUAUUAAAAACAAUAAAGGUAAAAGCUCAAAAUGUAAAAUCUAGCAGCAGACAGUUCAGGGGGGAAGCAUUCAAAAAAAUGGUGCCACUAUUGAGGGCUUGGUAUCCCUGGGCACCACCAUACAUGUAACCUUUAAAGUUAGGGUACAUAAAGUUAGCAAGGAUGUAGCAAGGCAGUUCAACUGGAGAGGCAAAGAUAAAUAUGGGGAGGAAGCAGAAGUCGCCAUAAAAGACGUUUCCAUGGGGAAUAGUUUCAUUGAUAAUGGCAAAACUAACCUCUGUGUGAUGUGCUUUCAUUAGGAAGUCCUUUGUGAAACUUCCACAAAACCAAAUUAUUUUAAAAUACGAUGUUUUCUAUGUUAAGAAGUGGUAUAGACGAAGUAACAGUAUCCAUAGUAUCCUGGUGGGGAUUCCAUUUUCUUGAACUGAGCUGCUGAAUCAGUAUUGCUUGUGGCUUCUGGAUUCCCCAUCUUUUUCAAGUCUGUUCAAUGCCAGCCCAGAAGAAAGGGAGUAAAAAUAUACCCUCUUCUCGUUUCCUGGUAGGUUUAUGCUCCCUUUUUGGCUAUUUUUCCUGCUGUGUCAUCACAGCUUUUUGUCUUGUUUGUUUGUUCUGCUGGCUUGCUUGUCAGAUUUCUAUUUAUUUCACCACUUCCUCCCCUUUAUAUGCGUAUUUGGGCACGGAUGUGCAAAACUUAAUUGCCAUUCAGCUGUCCUUGGAACCAGUGGAAAACACGAAGUGCAACUAAUUUGAAUCACGUGAUUUUAAAUUAUGCACUUAUGUAUUUAUUUCAUUGAUUUCUGUGCCAACAUAAAAAUGACCACAGUUUAAACAUUCUCAGGGUGGCAUACACUGUGCUAAAAUAAUACAUUUUUAAAAACUGUUUCAUUGAGCAAUAGCUUACAAACCUUUUAGUUGUAGCCACUGUUCAGUGAAACAACUACCAAUUGCUCCAAUGAUCACAACCUGAUAUUAUAUUGGUAUGUGAAAUCAGGGAAAAGACAAAUAUAAUGGGGAAGUCUUUAAAAAAGGCAAGAAGAUGGCUUGAAGGGAGAAGAGCAAGGAGUGAUACGGAACAUGGGAGGUGGGAAAGGCAGCCAAGGCCAUGGUGGCUGCAGCCAGGAGACGUUUGGGCUAGCACACAAGAUAGAUGUUUCUGCCAUUCGGUUUUGCAAUUCAUUGUGCUUUUCUUACUUCCUCCCAUCGCAUUGUUUUCCCACCUUGGCUACCUCAGUCAGUGAUAAAUUUCCUGUGUGAAUGCCAUCUCCACAUAGUGAAAGGGAGCAGUCAAGUGUGGAGUAGCAGUCUGAGGCUGAGCAAGGGCACCAGUCUACCAUGAUGGAGUCCUGCCCAUAAGAAUUUAAAUUCUUAAUGCCAUACACCUUUUCUUGAAAAAUCUAAGAUGUGGUCAUGUAUAGGAGGAAGUGUGAUAAGUAAGCAAUGGGCAUGGGUGAAAGAGGAGAUUUGAGGCUGCAAAACUAAGCUCAGAAUUAUUUGUCAGAUAUGAAUGUCUAUGGAAGCUUGCUUCCAGUUGAAACUAUUUGUAGCAAAAUAGACAUGUGCACAUUUGUCACACCAUUACAAUCUACAUAAUGGGCUGAGAUCUUGCAUCAUUGCUGAUGGUGGCACUCUCCCCCUAACCUACCUUUGCAACCUGGCGGUGCCGUUUCCAAGCCACUGGUGCCCACAGUGAGCUCCAAGUUGCGAGAUGCCUUGGGAACAGACGAUGGGGAGAGACCCUUGGGGAUCUUGUCACUGCUGCUUGUCCUGAGUUGUCCUGCAACCAGGAGAAUGCUGCAGAUGUCAUUUCUGAGCACCCAGAUCUCCAGGGCAUCAGAAACAUUUCAGUCAGAGUGCUGGCAGGCUGCAAAGAGAGAUUUUUUUCGCGUGGGAUCAAGUUGAGUAAUUCACAAAUAUAAAUGUGAAUCCCCGCAGUGGCGAUACUGUAAAUCCAGUUUACAAUCUCAUAACUGCUGAAAAGGAUGCCGGCUGAUGUUUCUUUCUUGGAAGUGGAGUCUGUGUAAAAUAGAAAUGAGGAACUUCAUGAAACCAUGAGGGACUUUACUCUUGACCGUUUAGCUACUGGCUAAUUUGCCACCAGGAGUAGAGUUGCCCUUAAGCAUCAGCAGCAUAAUGGCAUCUCCCUAUAAUGAUGCAGGAAAAGAAAGGGGAAGCAUGGUUGAUUUGGUGAUGGUAGCAGCAGCUUCCAAAGCAGGAUUUUGCAAGGGAAGGGGGAGAGGGUUUGCUGGUGGCUUUGCACAGCAAUAGAUUUGUGCUGAGGUGGGAGGAGAAGCAGUUUUGCCAUUUACUUUAUAUUAUCAUCAUUAUUUUCCAACGAGGCGGUGCUGUUGUUUGGCAACAAGGUCUGUCGAUGGUGGCGGCAGCAACUCCUCCAAGUUCAGUUUCAGCAGCAGCUGCAGCAAUGGCAACGGGAAACUCCAUGGGGGGUGCUGCCCACAGACCACAUGCCACCGAUCCCUGGUAUAGAACACUUGUUGUGUGUGUGCAGGGUCUCUGUGUGUCUUUCCCCCUUCCUGCCACCUUGUGAACUGUAUGAUAUAUUUUUGUAGGGUUCUCUUCUCCUUGUGGUAAAAUUCUUAAAAACUUGUGGGAUGUUAAGUUUCAACAUUUUUAAAAUAAAACUUUGGAAAAUACCAAA